AGUAACUUCUUGCAGGAAAGUUUUUACCUUUGAAGACAAUGUUAGGACCAAGAUAUGAUGAACAGGUUGCUGAAGAAAACCGCUUUCACCCAAGUAUGUUGUCCAACUACUUAAAGAGUCUGAAGGUUAAAAUGGGUUUGCUGGUGGACUUGACCAAUACCACAAGAUUCUAUGAUAGGAAUGAUAUAGAGAAAGAGGGGAUUAAAUAUAUAAAACUUCAAUGUAAAGGGCAUGGUGAGUGCCCUACACCUGAGAAUACAGAAACAUUUAUCCGCGUAUGUGAACACUUUAGUGAUAAGAAUCCCUCAGAGCUUAUAGGUGUCCACUGCACACAUGGCUUCAAUAGAACUGGAUUUCUGAUCUGUGCCUUUUUGGUGGAGAAGUUGGACUGGAGUGUUGAGGCAGCUGUGGCUACUUUUGCUCAGGCUAGACCACCAGGUAUUUAUAAAGGUGACUAUUUGAAGGAAUUAUUUCGUCGCUAUGGAGAUGAAGAUGAUGCACCAUCACCACCUGAGCUACCAGAAUGGUGUUUUGAUGAAGAUGAAGAGGAGGAUGAUGAUAAUGGUAAAACAGGAGGCCAAGAAUCAGAACCUGGGUCAUCAAGCUCUUCCUAUGGUAAAAGGAGAAAAGAACGCCUAAAACUGGGUGCAAUUUUCUUGGAAGGAGUAACAGUUAGAUGUGUGACCCAGGUGACAACGCAACCAAAGUUAGGAGGGAUACAGCAAAAAUGUCAGCAGUUCUGUGGAUGGGAAGGGUCUGGAUUCCCGGGAGCACAGCCUGUUUCCAUGGACAAGCAAAAUAUUAAAUUUUUAGAGCAGAAGCCAUACAAAGUUAGCUGGAAAGCAGAUGGCACUCGGUACAUGAUGCUGAUUGAUGGCAAGAAUGAAGUUUAUAUGAUUGAUAGAGAUAAUUCAAUUUUUCAUGUAUCUAAUCUGGAAUUUCCAUUUCGUAAAGAUCUUCGCAGCCAUCUAACAAAUACUCUUCUGGAUGGGGAAAUGAUCAUCGACAAGGUUAAUGGACAGGUUGUCCCUCGGUACUUAAUAUAUGACAUUAUUAAAUUUAAUGGACAGCCGGUUGGAGAUUGCGAUUUUAACAUUCGACUCGCAUGUAUAGAAAAAGAGAUAAUAUUUCCACGGCAUGAAAAGAUGAAGACUGGUCUUAUUGACAAAGCUCAGGAGCCGUUCAGUGUUCGAAACAAACCAUUUUUUGACAUUUACACUGCGAGAAAGCUCCUUGAAGGAAACUUUGCUAGAGAAGUCAGCCAUGAAGUGGAUGGACUGAUUUUUCAGCCUACAGGAAAAUACAAGCCUGGCCGAUGUGAUGAUAUCUUGAAAUGGAAGCCACCCAGUCUGAACUCUGUUGAUUUUCGUCUAAAGAUAACAAGAAUUGGUGGAGAAGGGCUACUCACGCAGAAUGUUGGUCUUCUUUAUGUUGGAAACUUUGACAGACCUUUUGCACAAAUUAAGGUGACAAAAGAGCUGAAACAGUAUGACAAUAAAAUUAUAGAGUGCAAGUUUGAAAACAACAGUUGGGUCUUCAUGAGACAGAGAAUAGACAAGAGCUUUCCAAAUGCAUACAGCACUGCCAUGGCUGUGUGUAACAGUAUCCAAAAUCCGGUCACAAAGGAGAUGCUGUUUGAGUUCAUUGACAGGUGUACGGCAGCUUUGCAAGGACAAACGCGCAAGCAUCACCUCGAUCCCGACACUGAGCUCAUGCCACCCCCACCACCCAAGAGGCCGCGUACCAUAACAUAAGGCUUGGUCUCGGCGGACAGCGUGUUUACAGUUGGGCAGAAGGUGAAAGGCGAGUGUGAGGACUGGAAGAAAAAAUAUCUGAAUGGCUGUAAAUACUUAGGUGUGUUUUUUUUCAAAUUCCGCAUCAUGAAUGGACAUUCUUUUGUAACUGAAAAAUUCAACCUUACGUUGUGGUGUCUGAAGAUGAGAUUUCCAAAGGUUUAAACAAAAACAGUACAGUGGAAUCAAUGGAAAGCUGCCUUGUUUAUAUACGGAUCUCUUUUCACCUUUAAUUUAUAAUGUCAGCAGUCUGGAACUGAGAAAACAUUGGAAUGCUGUACUUUUUAGAAGCUGUGUUUAAAAAAAAAAAAAAGUUUUUUUUUAUUAUUGUUAUUCAACUGGUUGGGAUUUGUAAUCCGUAGUAUAAUUUAUCGUAGUUUCCCUGCAUUUCUUGAGACUUGUGUUUAAAAGCAAACAGCAGUGUUGUUUGUGCACUAUGUUGCUUAAAAACAAAGCCUUCUUAGAUUUCACUAAUUUUAAAAUUAGUUGGGUUUUUGUUGUUGAAAUAUUAAAAAAGUGAAUUCUUCUUGUAAAUAGCAUCCAUCCUUUUGAAAGGAAAUGUGCUGGGUAUGUGUGUGUGUGGUUUUUUUUCCCUGUUUGAACCUAACACACCAAAUGUAUAGUGGGCUGAUUCUAGCUUUGGCUUUUAAGUUUCUCUGUAGAUAAGGAAUACACACCAAAUCCUUAGUAUUGAGGUCUCUGUUAUGAGACAGUUUCUAGUACAGGGCUUACUCCUCCGUGGUGAUACCAUUGUAAAUAUUAUUAAAAAGUACACUUCACUGUAAUGUGCAGGAGUAUUAAACAGUACUCAUAACGACGUCUUAGAUCCAGGCACAAAAGGGCAAAAGAAAUGCCAGACAACUCCUGUGUAAAGGAGAAAGUAAUUUCAGUGGAAAAGAGCCAUGUCGCAAGGAAGGUCUCCUGUUUUAGAUAAUUGCAGGACAAAGAUAAAUCAUUUCUGGCAGUGAGUUAGCAUCCCAGGGAAUAGGACGCUCCUCUUCAGAGGUGGGGUAGGCUGUCCUAUGAUAGCGUCCUAAUCCACUGACUGACUGACUUUCUUACCAAAUGAAGAAGCAGAUACCCUGAUGGCUCUUGGUGCAGUGUGCCGACAGUUGUUCAUAGCAUUAAUUUUGAGAAGCUGCACUCUGGUUGUCUAAUGGAGGAGUUGUUCUGAGCUAGGAUUAAUUAGAAGCCAAACUAAUGCAGAUUUUAAAGUUUACUGUACUUUUCACAAGCAGGGAUCUCAUUGUCUGUUUAUAUAGUUUGUCAUGUGUAAGUACAAGUCAUCCACAUGUUCAGGAAUCUGAUUAGUGAACAUCAAUAAUUUGGAGUAAUAACUAAAAUGCAUUUCUAUUAAUUUUGUUUACAAGCAUAAAACUUAUUUAAAUUUCUACAUUUUUUUUUUUCUAUGGGAACUAGACUAUGCUUUGUGGUGGCUUCUCCAGCUGUUUC